AUGUCUUUCCUGGGUUUCGGAGGCAAUGCUCAACCACAACUUUCUUCGCAACAAAAAAUUCAGGCUGCCGAGGCAGAACUAGACCUUGUCACUGAUAUGUUCAACAAAUUGGUAGAUAACUGUCACAAGAAGUGCAUCACUGCGGCAUACAGCGAGGGCGAACUGAAUAAGAACGAGUCCAACUGUCUAGACAGAUGUGUUGCCAAAUAUUUCGAGACCAAUGUCAAGGUCGGCGAGCAUAUGCAACAGAUGGGACAACAUUUCAAUGCUGCUGGCAGAGUCUAG